GGUUGGAAAUUACUAUCCACACAUAUACUUAAGUGGUGGUUGUUUGUUAUUGAUCGAGAAAAAAUAUAUGAAAAUAAAAUAGUAGGAAUUGUUGUUUGAUUUAGAAAAUAAUUUUCUUCAAGUUGUGCAAAUAAAAAUUAUUAGAAUAAAUUCAAAAUAUAUAUAAUUUGAUAAUAUGGGAUGUGAUGGAGGUACCAUACCAAGGCGUGAUGAAUUAGUGCGCACAAAGAAAAAACCAGAACAGAAAGAUAAAGAUGCAGAACGUGAAUUUCGUUGGUUACAUUGUGCUAUUUCACAACAACGUCUGCACGAACCAGUCGUAAUGUGUGGUUUGGGACGUCUGUAUCUAAAAGAAGCUGUAAUCGAAGCACUAUUGGAUAAGGCGAAUUUGCCUGAUUCAGUACAACAUAUUAAAAGCUUAAGAGAUAUUCAAACGCUUGAACUGACUCCCAAUCCUACAUAUGUUGAUGAACCUAAGACAGGUUCAGUAGAUGUCCAGCGUGCACCGUUCAUAUGCAAGUUAAGUGGUAGGGAAAUGUCUGGAAACUACCGAUUUGUUGCUUUGUGGAACUGCGGCUGUGCUAUGGCGGAACGUUCCCUUAAAAAAGUAAAGAAUUCAUCGUCAACUUGUCCAUUAUGUCAAACACCAUUUGGUAUUGAAGAUAUAAUCGUUUUAAAUGGCAAUGAGGAAGAUGUUGAGCUUAUGCAAGCAAAAAUGGAGAUGCGUAAUAGAAAACGUAAAUUAUUAAAAAAAGAUAAAAAGAAAAUUAAAACCGAAGAAGCCGUAGCUAAUACACCACCGAAUAAUGUUGAAAAAAUCGAUAAAACUCCACUGAGCACUCCUUCCACUAGUAAAGCCACUAUUUUUACUACAACGACUUCACUUAAUGGAAAUGGUGAAAGCAACAAAGGCAGUCCUGCGCAGAAUCUGAAACGAUCAACACCAAAAGCAGCUGAGGGCAAACAAAGCUUAGAGGAUCCGGAUAUAAAACGUUUAAAAACAAAUUAUAGUGUUUCAAGGGAUCCCAAUGCCACCGAUGUGUAUAAAUCGUUAUUUACUACACACAAGACUGAGAAGGAUCAGACUCGUGCACAUUGGGUGACUUAUAAUCCAUUUUAUAACUGAAACUUUAAUUAUAAUUUCCAUUAUAAAUUUUACAUAAAUCUAUAUUUUUCUUUAUCUUGCUAAUUAAUUUUUUUUUCCUCUAAUUUGAACAAUAAAUUAUAUAAAUGUU